AUGGGUAGUAUUUGUGCCCCGAGUGUGGCCAACAUCUAUAUGGGACAAUGGGAAUUAGAAACAAUCAGUGGUGACUUGAAGGAGAACAUCAUAGUAUAUAAGAGGUACAUAGAUGAUGUGCUAAUCGUGUGGAAGGGUACAGAAAUAGAUUGGGAAAAUUUUCUGGCUAAAAUAAACGUGAAUACGUAUAAUUUAAAGUUUACAGGAACAUUCAGCCCUAAUAGGCUGGAGUUUCUAGAUUUGGUAUUAUCGACUGAAAACUUUUGUUCAACAGGCAAGAUUGAAACUUACACACACUUUAAAAAUGUAGAUAGCAACAGUUAUUUGCAGUUUGGCAGUUGCCAUCUCCCACAGUGGAAGGAGAAUAUCCCCUAUUCACAAUAUACGAGGCUCAGGAGAAACUGUACCGACCUGUCAAAAUUUGAUGAACAGGCAGAUGUAUAUACAGAGAGAUUUAAAGAGAGAGGUUAUCCCGUUAGAUUAUUAGAUUCAGCACGUGAAAAAGCAAAGGCUAAAGACCGUGAAUCCUUGCUGGUUUACAAGAAGAGGAUUAACAAGGGAAAAAAAUUGUUUUGUCCAAUGGUUACCCAGUUUAGUACAGGUUUUAGGGAUCUGGAAAAAAUAGCCAAGAAGAACUGGCAUGUGUUACAGAUGGAUGCGAUUUUGGGUCCAGAACUAGCAAAAAAAACAGAUAUUAUAUAUAAGAAGGCAAAAACACUAAAAUCCAUGUUAUCCAAAAGUGCACUACCCAUAGCUGAAGCUGCGAAUAGUGAAUAUAAAUUUUUGGGAACUACAAAAGGAUUUUUUAGUUGCUGUAACUGUAAAGUAUGCAAUUUAGCAGAAAAGGGCUCUAAAACCUUUCAAGGGAAUGAUACUAGGAAAGGACCGAUACAUAUUAAAUCAUUUAUGAAUUAUAUCACGUGUCAGGAAAACCCUGGUUAUGCAAUCCGUGCGGAUUCUCCUGUCACUGUAGAGGAGGGUCUGUGUGCCACCAUCCACUGUUCUUUCCAGGCUGACUAUAGGACUAGAUUCUACAAUUCCAGAGGCUACUGGAGGAUAUAUGACAAGCCUAUUGUUUUAGCCACUUAUAAUACAAAUUAUGUUGCAAAAGAAAACUUCCGUAUGCCAGGAAAUCUAAAUGAAGGAGACUGCACCCUGACCGUGACUGAUGCAAGGAGAGAAGAUAGUGGGCAAUAUAUCUUCAGGUUUGAAGAAAGUCCCACAAGCAGAAUCAAAUAUAACUAUGAGAAAUCCCUAAUAUCUGUGAAUAUAACAGAUCUCACACGGAUGCCAGAAAUCUCCAUUCCUGAGAAGAUCAUUUCGGGUCAGGAGGUGACACUCACUUGUUCCUUUCCUGUGGAUUGCCCUGGAACAAUUCUCAAUUUCCAAUGGUCAAAGAGUGAUCAGGAUGGAAUUUGGAAAAACUCAUCAACUGUAACAUUCACCCCGUCUCAGAGUGAUCACAAUAUAUCGGUGACCUGUAACGUGACCCUACCUACUGUGAUGACUUCUACUCAGAGAACUAUAAUCCUAGAUGUGUACUAUCCUCCAUCCAUCGUUAUUAUGGGAGAGAUCAAUGGAAAAAAGAACAAGAAAGCAGAAACUAUGACAGUGCUGGAAGGAGACUCCCUGAGAUUAAUCUGCUCUGUAGACAGUAACCCGGCAGCUAAUGUGACCUGGAUGAAGGAAGGAGAUAAUGUAACCAGUAAUGAGACUGGACGAGGGCUGGAGCUCCAUCUGACAGACGUAACAGCUAGUGAUCCUGACACAUAUUACUGCGUAGCAGAGAGUGAAUAUUGGAGAGUGAAUAAAAGUGUCACUAUAACUGUACAAUAUCCGCCAAGAAAACCAGAUAUCUUAAUUUCUUCGUCUGAAGGUAGAGGAGUUGAAGCAAGUCUGUCUAUGACUGUAAAUGAAGGAGAAACUCUAACUCUAAAAUGCACUGUGGAUAGUAACCCAGCAGCUACUGUGAGCUGGAUAAAGGGAGACGUUUAUGUAGACAUGAAUAACAUGAUUGGUAGCGGAUUAUUGGGACCACUGAUCAGUAUAACAGCCCCAGACGCAGACACUUACAGAUGCUUUGCAUGGAACAAACAUGGUGUUAUCGAAAAUCGGAUCAAAUUCAACAGCAAUCAAGGUAAUAAAACAGCAAUAGAGAAUGACAGUACAUCUCCCAGAGGUGCAGAAUACACAAUUCGUGAUAUAAUGAUUGGUGUUGCGUGUGGAAUUGGCAUUUUCCUUAUUGUUCUUCUAAUUUCAAACUUGAUUAAAAGAAGGGGGAAAGUCACUAAUAAAACAGCGUAUAAGCCCACUGAGGAGCAACCACCCACCGAGGAGCAAACAGAGGAUCCCAACCAGGUGUACAUGAAUGUCGAAGUAUUUGAGAAAAGACCUGAGAUCGAAGAAUCGGGUGCACAGCUGAAUUUAAAUAGCAUCACAGCUGACCAAGAAGACAUGCAUUACUCCACCAUAGACUUUCCUGGUGCACCCUCUAGAGUCACCGCAAGAGAACCAAAGACGGAAUAUGCAGAAAUAAAGCCCAACAGAUUGUGCCAGGGAUCCACCACUCAUGAUCCUUCUCAGACUCUACAAUGAUGAAAUCUCUCAUUGUGUAUUUGGUUACCCAUCAUCCUAAACACCCAUCACGUAUUAUUUAUAUUUGACAUCACAAAAUGAUUAGCAUGCUGUAAUACAAUUGAGUUACUAUGUUCUCCAAAAUGUUUAUGCUGCAUACAGUAGCAAUAUCCCAUUAAGUGUGAAUACUGGAAUUACAAGGUUUGAAAAUUGCAACUCAAAUCAAUUUAAAAACAAGGCUGCAAAAGAAUGAUGAGAAAAUGUGGUGAGAGAAUACAUCUAUCUUGCAGGACCAAAAUCAGGUAGUACAUUAUUAAUUUUGUUUAUUUCUACUGCACCGCCGUAGUGUUGUGAGACAACAAUGUCAACCACUGUGCACCCAUGCUAUCCCAGUACAAAUACUGUAAGUUUCUGGAAUUAUUUGGUCCCAUUUUUCAAUACAAAAAGUGCUUAAUAUUGUUUUUUCUCCAAGAUAGGCUACAUUUUUAGAAUAUAUCCAAAUUAUUUGGAAUAAAAAAAAAUGUAUGUAAGAGGAAUGAAAAAAUGCUAAAUGUAUGUACUAAAAAAUUACAUAAAAGUAAUCUAAGCCCUUGAAGGUUCAUUCACUACCACCAUGCUGUGUUUAGGUUCAUUGUUUAAAGGGGGUCAUUCCGAGUUGUUCGCUAGCUGCAUUCGUUCGCUGUGCAGCGAUGAGGCAAAAAACGGCACUUCUGCGCAUGCGUAUGCGGCGCAAUGCGCACGCGCGACGUACUAUUACAACGGCCGAUGUAGUUUCACACAAGGUCUAGCAAAGCUUUUCAGUCGCACUGCUGGCAGCAGAGUGAUUGACAGGAAGUGGGCGUUUCUGGGUUUCAACUGAUCGUUUUCAGGGAGUGUUCGAAAAAACGCAGACGUGGCAGGAAAAAUGCAGGCUUGGCUGGGGGAACGCAGGGCGUGUUUGUGAUGUCAAAACAGGAACUGAACAGUCUGAAGUGAUCGCAAGCGCUGAGUAGGUUUUGAGCUACUCUGAAACUGCACAAAAUUAUUUUGUUGCCGCUCUGCGAUCCUUUUGUUCGCACUUCUGCUGAGCUAAAAUACACUCCCAGUGGGCGGCGGCAUAGCGUUUGCACGGCUGCUAAAAACUGCUAGCGAGCGAACAACUCGGAAUGACCACCAAUGUCUAUGGAAACUAUUUGUAAAUGUUGGCCUCUCUACAUUUUAAUUUAUUAUGGCACUUAUUAUUUUCUUUACUAUAAGAAUUAAUAUUAUUAUUACUAUUGUGAUCACUGUGUUUUAAUACUCUGUUAUUGCUAUAUGUUUAAAGUAGAGAAUAGUUGUUUAAUUUUGUAGUGUAACAAAACUUUAAUGUACUCAUUAAAGUUUUGAAGACUAAAAAAAAUAUGGACUGGUCCAUAAUGAAUAAUGUUAUUAAUGAUAUACAGUAGGUGGGGAAGAGACAUGGAGGCAUAAUUACUAAACAGCAGAUUUUCAAAGUAGCCAUUUCUAGGUGACUUUGACCAUUAGAUUUAAAAGACCUAUAACAAGAGAUACUAAAAAUAAUUGCAAACUCAGAUUAUAACAAUAAACAAUUUCCCCUAUUUGAAAGAAUAUAUGCAAUAUACUGUAAAUUACGUUACACACGGAAUAUAGAUUGUGUGUGUGGGGGGGGGGGGGGAGGCAGGGCCGGAUUAAGGUAUGUGGGGGCCCUGGACAACAAACUUGUUGGGGGGCCCCUAUCAAUAAAAGUGAUAUAAUAACGAUGUUAUAAAAAUAAAGUAUAUAUACAUGUGUA